CUCUCCACCUACAACCCGUUGCCAAUGGCUCCGUUCCACGUGCCCCUCCUCCUCAUCGUCCCUCUGAUCCUUCCACUUGCGCCGCUCCUCUCCGCCGCCGCCGCCUCCCACCAGACCUCGCCGGCGAGCACCCACGCGCACCUCCACCACCACGGCCACCACCACCGCUCCCCGAUGAUGACGGCCACAGCCCGCAUCAACACUGCCCCCUCCAUGCACCAAAACCACCUCGAGUCAGAGGAGGGCCAGUCGCUGCUCGUCCUCGACCCCUUCACCUUCGUGGCCGCUCAGGCUCCCUCCGGUGAAGAGGCCAUGGCAGCGAUGGGCGCGGCCGCUUCGGCGGCGGAUCCCACGCUGCUCGACUCACCCCAAGCACCCUCACCGCCUCCUUCCUUCAUCGCCGCCCCGGAUCUGGCCUCCCUGGCCCAGCCGCAGCCGCAGCCGCAAGCGGAGUCGGAGGAGGCGGCUCCUCCACCCGUCGACGAACCGGCUGCCGGAACGACGACACUUCCACUCCCCACCCCCUACAGCGCGGCGGCGAUGAGCCCUCCGCUUCCCAUCCACGCCAGCGCGGCGGGGUUGGUGGCCUCCGGCGACUACCUCGGGCUGCAGCAGCUCGCGAGGGUCCUCACGUCGCUGGGGUACAAUGAAAUGGCGUCAGCAGCGGCGCUCCUCGACGAUUCGCCGUCGGUCGCGAGGUGGCCCGGGGCCAUCACCGUCUUCGCGGCCCCCGACGUCUUCCUCCAGGCCUCCUGCCCCGGGUGCUCGCGCCACCACCUCCUCCUGGAGCACAUCGCCCUCGGCUACUUCCCCUACUCCGAGCUCGCCGCCGCGCCCACCGUGAAGCUCCCGUCGGCGUCAGUAGGCUUCUGCCUCAACGUCGCCUCCGAGAAGGGGCCGUUCGCCAUCCACCACGCCAGCCUCUACGUCGACGGCGUCGAGGUCUCCCACCCUGAGCUCUACAACGACGGCCGCUACGUCGUGCACGGCCUCCACGGCUUCUUGCCGCCGCUCUCCCACACCUGCUUCGAAGGCUCGCACCACCACCACCGCCGCCACCACCUGACCGCCAAAUCGGCCGCCACCUCCGCUGCUACUGCCGCCUCCGUCGUGCGCAUCAUGAUCCGCGAGGCCAUAUCCCGCCUCCGCGACGGCGGCUUCGGCUUCGUGUCCCUGGCCAUGCGCGUCAAGUUCACCGAGCUGGAGAAGUUCGCGAACCUGACGGUGUUCGCGCUCGACGACCAAGCCAUCUUCACCGGAGGAGGCCACGACUACGUCUCGUCGGUGCGCUUUCACAUCGUCCCCGGGUACCGCCUCUCCCGCGCCGACCUCUUGCGCCUCCGCCCCGGCACCAUACUCCCCACCAUGGCCGGCGAGGACCAGAAGCUCGUCAUCACGCACGGCGCGGGCUCCGCUUCCAACGAGGUUCUGAUCAACUACGUACCCCUGAAGGAACCUAACGUGGUGAUCAAUUCGCGCGUCGCUGUCCACGGUAUCUACGUCCCGUUCCCCCGCCUCCACUUCGCUAACCUCGCCGCAUCCGUGGCCGUCGCCUCCACCAUCCAGGUGAACGGCACCUGCGGUGUUGGGGGACCCUUCGGCGACUGCGCCUCCUCAGCUAUGACCUCUGCGACGAUCCCGGAUGCUCAAGGCUACGGCGAAGGGCAGUGAUGUGUGUGCCCGUCUGUUUGUUUCUUCUGAGUUUCUUAGGAUUUUCAGUUCUUCGCAGUUUGGCUGUUAAUGGUAGAUGUCUUGUUUGGUGACUCGUACGUAUGGAUGGUCAUGAUGCGUGAUGAGUUCUGAUAAUGAAACUUCAGUCUUAGAUGGUUCAUGAAUUUGAUCGAGUACUGCAGGUUGAAUGAAAUCUUGAGAGAACUUUU